GUAUAAGCUAAGCUGUCAACUUAAACGGAGUGAUGCAGGCCCGACCACGAACUCCGUCCGGCGAGCCGGAAGCCCACAAGCUAUGGAUUCACUGCAACUGCUGCUGCGCGCUGUACGCCGAGAAAAAGUGUGAUUUUUUUCUGCUCGCCUGCCACCACGUAUGCUGCGAGCGGUGCGUCAAGGUCGUCGCGGGACGCACGCCCAGUGAUGCACCCAUCUUCGAGUGUCGCACCUGCAAGCGGAGUGUGCGCGGCCGCCAGGUGAACAACGCAAUGCCCAACAAUUUUAAGCAGUUCUUCCACCCGAAGCCCUUCACCUUGACCAACGACUUCAUUGAAAAGUUUCAGCGGGGCAAUAACCACCACUUCGACAGACACAAAAAUAAAAAGGAAGCGGAGAUGUACAAGCUGAAUAGAGAUAUCGAGCUGGCAAAAUCCGUAUGCCAGAAGCGCCUCCGAGAGGUGCAGAUGCUAAAUGUGGAACGCAAAAAGCUAGUGCAACGGGCGCGGCAAAUAAAAACGCAACUUGAAAUUAAGAAGGCGGAAAUUCAACGGAAUUCGCAAGCCAAGAUGAGCCGCUCCCUAGAGUCACAAAGUCAUUUGGAGGAUUCCGUCCGUGGCCGAAAUCGGCUGUCCCCAAAAAAUUCUGGCAGUCGGCGGAGCUCUAAUGACUUUAAUCGGAAACAUGUCACCAGCUUUAUUCACCAGCCAAACCACUCGUUUAACCUGUAGCCUAAUGUGUUCUUUAAAAAUAACGUAUCCUUUCUCACACAAUCGUACAUAUAUAAAUAAAUAUU